CCAAAAUUUUAAGGAUCUGAGAGGCUAAAAGACGACUCAGGCACAUAAAACAAAAGCUGUAAAUAAAGGUGAAUGGGCGAAAAGAAGGACCACCUCAUCCUACCCACUACCCCACCGCCGCAGAAAUUAUGAUUCAAGGAAUAACGAGACCUUUAGUCUAAAAAAUUCCACAAGAGCAGCCUUGGCCAAAACUACCGGGCAGUGGCCGCUCGGUGCCAGCGCAGAAGCACGGAGAUUGGUGAUGCCAAACAACCCCAGUGAGGGCUCCGUACAUUCCCUCUACUCCAGCAAGACUCCAGCUCGUCGCCAAAACUUCUCAGAGCUGCUCAGUCUUCGCGCCCACGCUCUGGGCUUCCGACAGGCGCAACGGCGCCCUGGGGAGAGAGCGACUCCCACCAUCAGUUUCAUCAGUUUGCGCCUCGCACUUAAACUGCGCCGCGGCCUCCCACGAGCCGCCCGCCCGCGCCCUCCGCCAGGCGUUCCGGCUAAGGCACGGCCCCGCCGCCGCUUCGGUGCACGUUUAGCUCCGAGGCGGAGCAAGAGCAAAGCGGCGGGAGAGACGGGAGAUCGCUAACACGAACCCGGGCCUGGGAAGGGAAGCGAUUUCGGGGCGCAAGCGCACAGCGAGGAGACUGGGCGGAGCGUGCCGCCCGCAGAGGUUACAGAGGCAAGGAGAGCGCGUGGCGCUCGGAACCCGCGCACGCGCUGUGCCCUCGCCCGGCCCGUGCGCGCGCGCGGCCGGCGCAGCGCCUAUUCCUCAGACCCGCCCCCUUCGUCUACUCACUCAGCGGAGGCGAGGAGAGAGCGGGGAAGUGUGGGUCUAGGUGGGCGGGGCGUCGCACGAGAGCGCGUCCAGCAAAAGAAGGAAGGGGGGAGAUUUGAGACAACGUUACCCCGUCGACACCCAAUCAGGAGCCGGCCUGACCCCGCCCCCUCCCCUCACGUUAUUGGCUGGGAGGCCUCCAUUUGGGCGGGGCCUGCCGUGGGGUUGGGGAGGGCAGGGGGCGGGGAGGAGGAGGAAGGCGCUGGCGGGCAGUGAUGGCGGCGGGUGAUGGGGACGUGAAGCUAGGCACCCUGGGGAGUGGCAGUGAGAGCAGCAGCGACGGCAGCAGCGAGAGCCCGGGCGGCGCGGGAGGAGCAGCGGAAGGGGGCGGCUGGGCGGCGGCGGCUUUGGCUUUUCUGACGGGGGGCGGGGAGAUGCUGCUGAACGUGGCGCUGGUAGCUCUGGUGCUGCUGGGGGCCUACCGGCUGUGGGUGCGCUGGGGGCGGCGGGGUCUGGGCGCCGGGGCCGGGGCCGGCGAGGAGAGCCCCGCCGCCUCUCUGCCUCGCAUGAAGAAGCGGGACUUCAGCUUGGAGCAGCUGCGCCAGUACGACGGGUCCCGCACCCCGCGCAUCCUGCUCGCGGUCAAUGGGAAAGUCUUCGACGUGACCAAAGGCAGCAAGUUCUACGGCCCCGCGGGUCCAUAUGGAAUAUUUGCUGGUAGGGAUGCCUCCAGAGGACUAGCAACAUUUUGCCUAGAUAAAGAUGCACUUAGAGAUGAAUAUGAUGAUCUCUCAGAUUUGAAUGCAGUACAAAUGGAGAGUGUUCGAGAAUGGGAAAUGCAGUUUAAAGAAAAAUAUGAUUAUGUAGGCAGACUCCUAAAACCAGGGGAAGAGCCAUCAGAAUAUACAGAUGAAGAAGAUACCAAGGAUCACAAUAAACAGGAUUGAACUUUGUAAACAACCAAAGUCAGGGGCCUUCAGAACUGCAAUUCUUACUCCCUUUCACAGAAUGUCCAGCGUCUUUGGGUUUGAGUCACCUGCUGCGAAAAACAUUCAACAGAUUGUGUACAAGAUAAAUGAAUCUCACUAUGAAGAUUUAAAUACUAGACAUUAUUUAUGCUGCCAAACUCAUUUGUUGCAGUUGUUUGUAAUGUCUGGUGGGGCUUCAUCAUCUUGAAAAGAAGGAGAUAGGGAUUUUUUAAAGAGCAAGAAAGUCACGAGGUUACUUCUUUUUCUUUUUUCUUUCCUUUUGCUCCCUUGCUUCGUUUCUCUCUCUCUCUCUCAUCUCUGUCUUUCUUUCUUUCAGUAUAUCAAAGACAACCAGAUACGUAUUUGCUACUCAAGUGUACAAAUCUCUCAAAAAACAGCAAGGGACUCUUAUUUCCCAUGCUUUGUUUUUAUUUUAGCAUUGAGGAGAGAGGAGACCUGGGCAGGGGAGGUGGGGUUUGCACAUCAAUUUGAGUAGUUUAGGCUACUGAAACAUUAAAAUGUGAAUUCCCAAACUUUUCUUUUUGGCUUUGUCAGGGAAAAGAAAAAAAACCCUUUAUUUCUAAGAAAUCUUUAGAAACUAGAAGAAGGAAUUUCAAGUGGGUUUACAUCAAAGCUAAUUCCCCAAUAAUAAGAUCACUUGAAACCAGUUUUUAUCCCUUCCUUUACCUUCCCUUGCCUUCCCUAGAUCAAAUCGAUAUUAAUUGUGCCUUAUUUCACUUACACAGACUUGAAUUAUUUUUAGGGAAAGCCCCUAUAUGAAUUCAGAAGUCACUACAAGCAGCAUUGAGACUGAAGUUGGCAUAUUCUAUUGACUGCAAAACCUUGAUGUCAUUCUGUGUAUAUAGAAUGUAAAAGGAAUAUUCAGUGUUAACUGCCAUAUAUGUUAAUAUACACAAACUUAAUUAGCAUUGUAAUGGCCAAAUGCAUUCUCCCAUGCUUUUCUCUUUCCAAAAAAAUUGAAAAAUCAACAACACUUACUCCCCAACAGCUGCCUAAUUUUAGGUGUCUGACCCUCACAUGUCACUGGUGCGGUGCAUGGGGCUGUAGUAUGGAUGCCUGUAUGGGUGUGUCCGAAUGUGUGUGAGAGCGCCUUGGAAGGGACUCUUUCUGCAGAUACUGUAAAUACAAGUACCGUUUUAAUAAAGCAUGUACAAUAAACCAAAA